GCUAUAAUAACCAAGCCAGACGGCCUCUCCUUCGGCUGAUUUAUUUUUUCUCUCUCUCUCUUUUGAUCCAUCACAUUCCUCUCGGCUCUUUUGGGCCGAGCCCCGUUGUCUGGAAAUGGCUGGAAGCAUCCAAGGUCCCGAACGGAGGAUCGUCCUGGUGGGCAAAACCGGCAACGGGAAGAGCGCGACGGGAAACACCAUCCUGGGAAGCCGCGUCUUCGAAUCGAAGAUGACUUCCGGUUCCGUCACCAAGUGUUGCCAAAAGGAGGAGACGCAGGUGAACGGUCGGAAGUUGGUGGUGGUCGACACGCCCGGCGUCCUCGACACUGGGUGUCGCAAGUCAGAAACGGCGGCCGAAGUGAAGAAGUGCGUGAAGUUUUGCAUCCCGGGCCCUCACGUCAUCCUGCAGGUGAUCCGCCCGGGCCGUUUCACUAAGGAGGAGGAGGAGGUGGCUCAGCUGAUCAAGGAGAUCUUCAGCCUCAACGCCAAGAACUACAUGAUCCUCCUGUUCACCCGGAAUGAUGACCUGGAAGGGGAGGGCCUCGACCAGUUCAUCUCCGAGGGGAACUGCGCCCUGAAGGAGCAGGUGAACCUGUGCGGGAAACGCUACCUGGCUUUCAACAACAAGGCCGAAGGGGCGGAGCGAGAGGCGCAGGUGGCCCAGCUGAUGGAGAUGAUUGACGAGCUGGUGAAGGAGAACCGGGAUGCUCCUUGUUACACGGAGGAGAUGCUGGCAGCCGACAAGGAGGACCUCAGGAGGAGAUGGAACCGUCCCCGGUGGUGUCCACUCCUUUAGGGGACGCCGGAAAAAAUCUCCAUGAAGGCAACUCUGCGAGCAAAGGGAGGGGAAGAAAGGAAGGCAACCUCCGGCAACCCAUUUAUCUCCGGGCUUCCAGGAGAAGGAGAAGGGGCGACGAGAGCGCCAACACAUCGCAGCCACAACCGGAGACGGCCUGGUGUUCUCUCCCCUUUCCCCACGAGGAACGGAACACCCGGGGAUUGGGCCGUGUGAACUGAGCGGAUGAACGAUUGGGGUGGGUUUUUUGCUUGGGACACUUUCUACCUAUCGAUCCGAGAGGGGAAACCCUCGGAUCCUGGCUUUUGGGCUUGCUAGCAACGUCUCCUAAUAAAAGUUCCUUUUGGAUGAAACGGC